CAAUUAAAAGAAAACUAAAGCCCACGGGCUCAUCUAUCCCUGUCCCUCCAAUUCUUGCAGGCUCUCUCCACCUUCCUCUACACAGAUCCAGGCAACCCCAUCUCCCUUGCUUCCAAUUCCUCGCCGUCGGGCGUGCAGACUGCUGAGGGGAUCCAUCUGAACCUGGGUUUACUUCCGUCUUCACUGGUGCGGAGGCUCUAGGUCCGUCCUGGAUUAGAUCUUUGAAUUGGCGACCAAUGGCUGUUGUAGAUGCCGAGAAAUCUAGGCAAAUUAAAUGAAGGGGUCCUUUGCUGGCUGAGGAACAACUAGAUCUUUCAAUCACUAGGUGUGAAUGUGUGAUUAGGCCUUCAGCCAUGCAGAAAUCCAAUGCACCGGCCUUUCCUACUAUUAUCUUCGAGGAAGCUCUUUGGAGAGAAAUGGAGUAUCGUAAGAGAUUGGAGAAGACUCACCCUCAUCUGCUGAUUGCCCUCAAUGGAGCCCCUGAGCGGCAGAAAAAGAUCAGUACAGAUUCAAUAUGUGAUGAUUUUAAGAGAAAGUUCGCCCCAGAUAGCACUGUACCUCAACAGCAGUCUACUUUCAGUUGUUCAGCUGUACAGAGACAGACAGCUAAUUGGUACCCCAUUAAGAAAAAAGUGAAAGUUCCACACCUUCCUUCCCAAAUUCUGCAACGUCCCAGACCAAAUGUGGUACCUGCUUUUUGGUGUAAAAUUUGCAAGGUUGAUUGUGUUUCUGAAUUCAGUUUCGGUGCCCACAUUGGAGGGAAAAAACAUAAGGCUAAAAAGCUGGAGAUUCUUGGAAAUAGGAACACUGGAAGACGUGGUGGUCAGUGUUCAGGUAUCAGGAAUUCUGUGCAAAAUAGCCAUGCAGUGUCUGGAAGCAGAAACAGUGAAUCAAAUGUGUCUAGUGGCAUUGUUUCUGCAAGCUGUGAUCUAUCCUCUGGAAGCGGAACUAAUGGUAUAGAAGAAAGCGGAUGCACUGCCCCACUAAUGAGCAGCAUGGAUUUCACUGAAAUCUGAUGUCUAUAAUAUGCUCCUUGUACAUUUUCCUCUGAAACGUAGAGUAAUGUGUUAAGUUCUCAAACAAUCAGUGCACAAUGGAAAUUUCAUCUUAUGGUGGUGUACCAUGCAAAAGGUUUCAGUACCCUAUUGGGGAAGCUAUCUAUCUGCAAGAUUGAUGCCUGUCAGUUUUCUUAUUUCUUGAUUAGGAGAUAAAAACUCAGAAGCCAGCGCUGAUAAAUUAUUACUAGAUCAUUUGGCCGAAGGCAUGAAUGUGUAUAAUGCAGACUAUUACUAAUCUGGUGAGCCAUAUUGUAGCAUUUGCAGGUUAUUGAUUUACUAUUCUGUAGAAGUUUGCUGUAAACUA